GAGGGGGCCGCGGCAGCGGCGGCGAACAAAGAGGCGGCGGGCGCGGGUGACCGAGAGGAGCCGAGCGGAGCCGAGCCGGGCCGAGCCGGGCCGAGCCGGGCCGGGCCAGGACCCACGAUAGCGGGCACAAUGCGGGGAGCUGAUCAGGCGUCGGCGGGUCCCUGAGCCCAAAGCACCGGGCAGCGAGAGAAGCCCGGCGCAGCGCCCGCGGCCGCCCGCCAUGGCCGGGGUCAGCUACACGGCGCCCUGGUGGGUGAACCUUCUGCACCGGCUGCCGCACUUCGACCUGCGGUGGGAGGCCACCAGCAGCCAGUUCCGGCCCGAGGACACGGACUACCAGCAGGCGCUACUGCUGCUGGGGGCCGCCGCCCUGGCCUGCUUGGCCCUCGACCUUCUCUUCCUGCUCUUCUAUUCCUUCUGGUUAUGCUGCCGGCGGCGGAAGACAGAUGAACACCUGGAAGCCGACUGUUGCUGCACCGCCUGGUGCGUCAUCAUUGCCACAUUGGUCUGCAGCGCGGGCAUCGCCGUGGGAUUCUAUGGCAACGGGGAGACCAGCGAUGGUGUUCAUCGAGCCACUUAAUCACUCCGCCAUGCCAACCGCACAGUGGCAGGGGUCCAGGACCGCGUGUGGGAUACCGCUGGAGCCCUGAACCGCACAGCAGAGCCCAACCUACAGACCCUGGAGCGGCAGCUGGCCGGGCGACAGGAGCCACUGAGGGCCGUGCAGCGGCUGCAGAGCCUUCUGGGGACACUGUUGGGCUACACUGCUGCCAUCCCCUUUUGGAGGAACCCCGGCAUAUCACUGGAGGUGCUGGCUGAACAGGUGGACCUCUAUGACUGGUACAGGUGGCUGGGGUACCUGGGCCUGCUGUUGCUUGAUGUCAUCAUCUGCCUCCUGGUGCUGGUGGGCCUUAUCCGCAGCUCCAAGGGUAUCCUGGUUGGGGUCUGCUUGCUGGGUGUCUUGGCCCUGGUCAUCAGCUGGGGUGCACUGGGCUUGGAGCUGGCCGUGUCUGUGGGCUCCAGCGACUUCUGCGUAGACCCUGACACCUUUGUGACCAAGAUGGUGGAGGAGCACUCAGUGCUGAGUGGGGACAUUUUGCAAUACUACUUGGCUUGCUCGCCCCGUGCUACCAACCCCUUCCAACAGAAGCUGUCCGGAAGCCACAAAGCUCUGGUGGAAAUGCAGGAUGUCGUGGCCGAGCUGCUGAGGAGUGUCCCGAAGGAGCACCCAGCCACCAAGGAUCCCUUGCUCCGAAUCCAGGAAGUGCUAAAUGGCACGGAGGUGAAUCUCCAGCACCUCACCGCCCUGGUGGACUGCCGGAGCUUGCACCUGGACUACGUGCAGGCGCUGACAGGCUUCUGCUACGAUGGUGUCGAGGGCCUCAUCUACCUGGCCCUCUUCUCCUUCGUCACGGCCCUCAUGUUCAGCUCCAUCGUCUGCAGCGUUCCGCACACCUGGCAACAGAAGAGAGGCCCAGAUGAGGAUGGAGAAGAGGACAAUGCUCCGGGGCCACGGCAGGCACACGACAGCCUUUACCGAGUGCACAUGCCCAGUUUGUACAGCUGCGGUAGCAGCUACGGCAGUGAGGCCAGCAUCCCAGCUGCCGCCCACACCGUCAGCAAUGCGCCAGUCACCGAGUACAUGAGCCAGAAUGCCAAUUUCCAGAAUCCCCGCUGUGAGAACACCCCCCUCAUUGGGCGCGAGUCCCCACCGCCCUCAUACACCUCCAGCAUGAGAGCCAAAUACCUCGCCACGAGCCAGCCUCGCCCCGACUCCAGCGGCAGCGGGCACUAGACCGCACACCGGCCAGCCAUCUGCCCCCACGUGCCAAUUGCCCCACCCUUCCUAUGCCAGCACUGCUGCUUCUACCCUGCCGGACCCUCUGCAAGCUACACCAGACCAGCCCUAGGCACAUCUGAAGCCCCGCCCCCACUGUCCCCACCCUGCAGGAGGCAUGUAGGUGCCCAGCAUGAGCUCUGGGCCAGCCUGAGAAGUGAGACUUGUGGGCACUCACCUGGACAGACACUGCCACCAGCAACCCGACCCCGCCUGCCUCCAUCUCCCUCUGUCCUCUUGGGCUCUUUGAGCCCUGCUCUGUGCCAGGUGCUUCCACCCCCAUGUUCCUUCCACAGGUGGUCCUCCAUGCUGUCCCCUGCACUCUGGGAGCUCCCUCCCCUCCAGCUGCACCGAACCUUUCCUGGCAUUGCCCUGGCCCCUGACCCCUCUGAGGAUCGUUUCUCCAUUCGUAGGCAGUGGAAGCCCCUGUGCCUGGUGCCCACCUGCUCAUCACUGAGUGGCCCCUUCACACAUGCCCGUCUUUGCGACAUCCAGCACCUGCCUUCUUUUUCCCACCCGACUUACUUGGCCCUUCCUGUCAGUUCUGAGCUGCCUCCAGGGUGGGGCUCUUCCUGCACCUUCUACUCCCAUGAUUCUCUCCCUCAGCGCCCAGCCAGCUCUCCCCAGACAGCAGGUGCCACACAGAGCCCAGGUCACUCCCUGGCCCCUCAGUGCUGGCCGCCUUCUUGGUGCCAAACCCUCUUUCCCAUUCAUCCCGAAGAGUGGCAGCUUCAUCCGUUGGUUUUUGCACAGACCGCAUUUAUCAUCUCCAGGGCAGUCUGGGGCAUAGGAGAAGCAGGACACUGCCCACUCCCCUUCCCUCUCAGUUCCAUUCUUGCCCAGGAAAAGCGGCAGCGCCCUCUGGAGCCUUGAGGGCUGGACUUGAGAUGGCUGUGAAUGCGCCCCCAGCCUCAGGAUGCCGUUGUUGGGAUUAACCACUAACCUCACUCUCAGCUGCCACGGGCACUCCUGGCUGACCCUGAGCCAGCAAGCAUGACCCUAAGUCUAGCCUGGAGCCAGGGCUAGAGUCGUCAUUUCUUUGUGGGGUGCUGCCAGGGAGGGGCCAGACCCACAGGCAACUCAAGGGCCUCGAGACCCCUCCCCAGGCAGGUGCUGCCCCAGGAGGAGCAUGUCCCAGGAACUGUGGACUGAAGCCCGUUUGACCUCAGUCCCCACCCUGAAACACUGCUCCCCUAAGGUGCUUUUGGCUUUAGUGUGUGAUGUUUGCUGUGCUUCCUGCUGUGAGGAGCCGGAUCAGCUCUCAGAUCAGGACCUGGAGCCUCUACCCUGGCCCAGCCAGCCAAUGGGAGCUCUGGCCUGUGGGGUGGGCAGCUAUAGGGCUUGGAGCAAGCAGCAUGUAUAGGUAACCAAGGCCGGGGCCCCGUGACAGGAGGUGGUUUACAGACCUGUGGUCCUCCGGGAGCAAACCUGGCAGCUACAGAUCCCAGAACCCCAGGCUUCAGCUCUCCCCAGAGGGGAGAGCUCUGCAUUCCCUUCCUUCCAACAACCCCUUUCAUUGUGCUGGUGUCUGGGACCAAAAGGAGUCGGCAGAGGACUCGCUGGGCCUAGGGUCCAAGUCUGGCCAUCUGUAGCUCCUGCGCAUGAGAAAACCUCAGUGGAGGGGACCCUGCCUUUGGCCCCAACUGGGCUGGUGCCAGGAAUCUACAGGGCCAGGGAGGGCCAGGGAGGCCCAGCUGUGGCCAGUCUGCCCAUUGUAAGUGUGUUCCUGGCCUCAGGUUCUGAGGGAGGCAUGGGGCACCCACGCCUGGGUGCCUGGGUGUGCCCUGGGGCCUCUCAGAAGCACAAAUGCUGCCCCCUGGCCGUGAGCUGGCCACAAGGUGAAUGUAUAUAGCAUGAGAGGCGGGCACUGCCCGGAUGUGGCUGUGAACUUGUGCUGUCUUGGGAGUCCUGACCGUCGUGUGCGUGCGUGCCCCUAUCUGUGACUCUUCACUCACCGAGGCUGAAGAAAGGAAACAAGGGGAUUCCUACCCUGACCUCCAUGGAGGAGACGGCUCCCGCCACUGUGGUUUUUGUUUUUGUUUUGUUUUCUGACUUUUGGGGUGCCCUUUGUCUCCUCAAUCCCUCUAGCCCCUCCAGGGGGUGAACAGUCCAGUGCCAGCUGCCUGGGACUGGUCCCCACUUUUACCCCAGGGGAUCCUACAGCUCUGGUGGGUAACAAGGAAGGCUGAGCCACCAAACCAGACCCAGGUCCCUAGCCAAGCCAGGAGGGAUCUGGCUGAAACAGCGAUGCUGAUAGGACUGAUGGUCACCAUGCCCCACAAGCAUACUGACUUCUUCUGUGAGACAGAGCUUAAGUCACAGAUCUUGGCCUGGAACAAACUCCAAACCCUCCCCUCAGUGCCCGCCCACCCACCCACCCUCUCUCACUAUGCAAUUCCUGGCCCCGUCCCAAUGCCUGCCCUACCCAGGUCCCAGCUCUGCCCAGCCCAGAAGGUGGUUAGCUCCUGGGCUAAAGGUGACCAGGGUCUCUUGUAUGUUUCGAAUCAUAAUGAAGGUAUGCCAUGCCCUUCCUCGUCUAUAUGAGUUUGUGAGAUUUGCCUCCCAGUUACUGUCCCCCUGCCUGCAUCUGCCCCCAGUGGACAAUGUCAUCUGAAUUGAGCCAGCCCCAAGUUACCCCCCAGCCUCUGUAGGACCAUGGCUGUGUGUUACUGUUGCUGUGUUUUUGUUUUUUUUAAACCGGGUUUGGGGUUCAAUUUUUAUUUCUUUGGGGAACUUUAUUUUUCUUGGCAAAUAACUAAAGUUCUUGUCCAUGUAAUUUCUGUGAUCUCUAUUCAGCUUGGGUUUCAUGUUUUAAAAUAAACAAUUUUAAGAAAAAGA